CCCGCGGCACACCUCCCACCCCUCCUCACACCAACCCACCUCCUCGCCUUCACAACCUCCCUUCAACUCCCACCACCAACCCACACAGAGCCCCUAACAGUAACAGCAGCCUUCCACAGCAUCUACCUCCUGCACUUUUCCCCCUCCGCCUCCCCCGACCUCACCCCAGCACGUCCCAACGCAGACGGCACAACAACCCUCGUCCUCCGCAUAGCAGGCCCCCACCUCCCACGCAUCAAAACAGAAAACGAAGUCGCCACAAUGCGCUGGGUCCGCAAACACACCUCCGUCCCGGUCCCCGCCGUGCUGCGCUGGGAUUCCUCGUGUGCGAAUGUGCUGGGGUAUGAGUUUACGUUGUUGGAACGGAUGCCUGGGUGUAGUGCGGAUAAGAUCUUUUGGGAAAUGGGGGAAGGUGCGAGGAGGAGGCUUGUUGAGCAGCUUGUGGGGUUUCUUGCGGAGUUGUGGGAGAGGUCGAGGGACGUGUGGAGGCAUGUUGGCGGGUUGAGGGUCGGUGAUGGGGGGGAGAUUGUGCCGGGCCCGGUUGUGGAUGAGUGGUUUUGGAUGGAGCCUGAGAUUGGAAGGUAUUGGGAUGGGGAGACGCCCGAGACGUUGAAUCCUGUCCAAGGUGCGUUUUCGGGGUGGGUGGAGCUUCUUGAUAAGAGUGUUGAGAAGUAUGUUUACGCGAUUGGGAGGCAUGCUUCGCUGGAGUGGAUGAGGGAUCUCGUGCCGAGGUUGGAGGCGUAUCGGGAGUAUGUUAGGAUUCAUGCGGACGAGGUGGAUGAUACGCGGUAUGUUCUCUCGCACCGGGACCUGCAUCUAGCGAAUGUUAUGGUUGAUAUGGACGGCACGGUGACGGGGAUUUUGGACUGGGAGUUUGGCGGCGUGGUGCCGGGGCCGAGGUGGGAUCCGCCGAAUGCGUUUUUGUUUCCUUGGGGCGGAGGGGAUGAUGAGAUGGCGGCGAAGGCGGAGAGGGAGAGGAUGAGGGGGUGGGCGAGGGAGGUUUGUCGGGAGAAGGGGGUUGAAGUUGAGGUUGUUGGGGGCUGGCCUUACAAGGGCGUCCAGGAGACGGUGCAGAGGGUUGUGAACUUUACGAGGGCGAUAUGUGAGGUU